CGCCCCCUGCCGCGGCCCGGCUCCAUUUAAUGGCGCAGACGCCGGCGGCGGCGGGCUCCUGGCCGGGCCAGCGCAGCGGAAGAGCCGAGCCAGCAUGUCGGGGACCCGAGCCUCCAACGACCGGCCCCCCGGCGCAGGCGGCGUCAAGCGAGGGCGGCUGCAGCAGGAGGCGGCGGCGACCGGCUCCCGCGUGACGGUGGUGCUGGGCGCGCAGUGGGGGGACGAGGGCAAAGGCAAGGUGGUGGACCUGCUGGCCACGGACGCCGACAUCAUCAGCCGCUGCCAGGGGGGCAACAACGCUGGCCACACGGUGGUGGUGGAUGGGAAGGAGUACGACUUCCACCUGCUGCCCAGUGGCAUCAUCAACGCCAAGGCCCUGUCCUUCAUUGGCAACGGGGUGGUCAUUCACUUACCAGGCUUGUUUGAGGAAGCAGAGAAGAAUGAAAAGAAAGGCCUGAAGGACUGGGAGAAGAGGCUCAUCAUCUCUGACAGAGCCCACCUUGGUACGUUUCCCACUGGGGUACAGGGAACAGCCCCUCCUGCCCCCAUCAUUGCCAGCCAGCCCUGCUCCUACGUGGCCACCGAGAUCAGGGAAGUCCCCAAGGCCUUCUUGUUCCACAUGGCUGCAUUAGCUUGUACAUUCUUUUUAAAGAGCUUCAAGUUGGGAGCUGGGUCAGGGAUCACGAGCCCAUUUGCAGAUGGGGAAACUGAGCCUCAGACACUCAUGGUCACACCCCAGUGUGUCCUUUUUGAAAUCUCGACCACCCCCUUCCCAGGAGACUCAGGCCAGCAGGAGGCUGUCGAUGGACUUCAGGAAGUGCAGCGCCAGGCACAAGAGGGGAAGAAUAUAGGCACCACCAAGAAGGGAAUCGGACCAACGUACUCUUCCAAAGCUGCCCGGACAGGCCUCCGCAUCUGCGACCUCCUGUCAGAUUUUGAUGAGUUUUCCUCCAGAUUCAAGAACCUGGCCCACCAGCACCAGUCGAUGUUCCCCACCCUGGAAAUAGACAUUGAAGGCCAACUCAAAAGGCUCAAGGGCUUUGCUGAGCGGAUCAGACCCAUGGUCCGAGAUGGUGUUUACUUUAUGUAUGAGGCACUCCACGGCCCCCCCAAGAAGAUCCUGGUGGAGGGUGCCAACGCCGCCCUCCUUGACAUUGACUUCGGGACCUACCCCUUUGUGACUUCAUCCAACUGCACCGUGGGCGGCGUGUGCACGGGCCUGGGCAUCCCCCCGCAGAACAUAGGUGACGUGUAUGGCGUGGUGAAAGCCUAUACCACACGCGUGGGCAUCGGGGCCUUCCCCACCGAACAGAUCAAUGAGAUUGGAGACCUGCUGCAGACCCGCGGCCACGAGUGGGGAGUGACCACAGGCAGGAAGAGGCGCUGCGGCUGGCUGGACCUGAUGAUUCUGAGAUAUGCUCACAUGGUCAAUGGAUUCACUGCGCUGGCCCUGACGAAGCUGGACAUCCUGGACGUGCUGGGCGAGAUUAAAGUCGGCGUUUCAUACAAGCUGAAUGGGAAAAGGAUUCCCUAUUUCCCAGCUAACCAGGAGAUGCUUCAGAAGGUCGAAGUCGAAUAUGAAACGCUGCCUGGCUGGAAAGCAGACACCACAGGCGCCAGGAGGUGGGAGGACCUGCCCCCGCAGGCCCAGAACUACAUCCGCUUUGUGGAGAAUCACGUGGGAGUCGCAGUCAAAUGGGUUGGUGUUGGCAAGUCAAGAGAGUCGAUGAUCCAGCUGUUUUAGUCGCAGACUGAGCUGAUCGCAACAGGCCCUGGCAGCGUCUGGACUUGUGUAAACAGUGGCAAUCAUGUUCCUCGGCCGCCACAACCAACACCAAAGCAGGAAAACCAUUUUCUGUACUUUUGUAUUUCUGUUGAACCUGUUGGUUUCUACAAUGAUUUUAAACAUUGGAAAGCCAGCCUUGUGUAUAUUUUUAAAAAUUCUAUUUAAAAUGAGCCAAAGUGCUCAGAGACCUUCUAUGACACAUUAGUGUCACAUGGUUGCGUGUCCAGCCAAAGCAGUGUCAUAAUAAACAUCUCCAAUGGCCACUGAA